AUGAUCAAAACGCUCUCGACUCCUAAAAGCAUUUGGUAUCUUGCAUGCAUCAUGGUGCCCAAUCCUCCAGAGUCAGAGCUACGCCAAAACCUUAUUCAAGAUGUCGAGCGAUUGUCCGAUUUCCGACUUAUCCACAUCGAGGCAUACACCAUUCACGUCGACAUGAGGGAUCGGGACGAGGUGGCCUUCAAGCUGACCACCGAGUCGAUCAACUCCCUUGUAGAGUACUACGAAAGAUACCACCGCGUUGGUCUCGUGGCGAAGAUGCAUGAGAGGUCUGGGAAUGAUCGAAUGCGGAAUAAGGUGCCCGAGGACUUUGCACGCGCCAUCAACGAGUUCGUGUACCGUACACAUGUCUCCGCUUUGGAAGGUCUCGAAGAGGACGGAACCGGCGAGUUCCUGGUUAAUGAUAGUGAAAGGGUGAAGGACAUCAUUCUGGGCAUGAUUGAAUCACCUGAUGGGACCUCUAUUAUCUCUCGAUUAUCUUGA